AUGGGUGUGGCCCAGGGACACAACAUGUGUCCAGACCCGGGGAUCCCUGACCGGGGAAGAAGGAAAGGACCUGACUUCAGGCGGGGUGCCACGGUGCAUUUCUCCUGUGAUGAGGGUUAUGAUCUGCAGGGCUCUAAAAGCAUCAGCUGCCUGAGAGUAACAGACAGUUACGUAGGCUGGAGCGACGACCGACCCAUCUGCAGAGCUCCUAUGUGUGGUGGUCAGCUGCGAGGCCCUAACGGUGUUAUCACUUCACCAAACUACCCUGUCCAGUAUGACAACAAUGCUAACUGUACCUGGGUCAUCACCGCUACAGACACCACCAAGGUGAUCAAACUGACCUUUGAGGACUUUGACCUGGAGCGUGGUUACGAUACGUUGACGGUUGGAGACGGAGCCAUGGUUGGAGACCAGAAGACCGUCUUUCAUGUCCUAUCAGGGACCACUACUCCAGACCUGGUGGUCAGCACCAGUCACCAGAUGUGGCUCAACUUCAAGACUGACGACACCAGUGGCUCUCUGGGCUUCAAGGUGUCUUAUGAAGAGAUUGACCAGGGCAGCUGUGGCGACCCGGGGAUACCGGCUUACGGCAAGCGGGAGGGGACAGGUUUCCGCCACGGGGACAGGCUGCACUUUGAGUGUCUCCCUGCCUUUGAGUUGGUGGGGAAGAAGAACAUCACCUGCCAGAAGAACAACCAGUGGUCAGCCAAGAAACCCAGCUGUGUCUUCUCGUGCUUCUUCAACUUCACAACCCCGUCUGGUGUGCUGCUGUCCCCUAACUACCCCCAGGAAUAUGGUAACAACAUGCACUGCGUGUGGCUCAUCAUCACUAAGCCAGAGAGUAGGAUUAACCUGGCCUUCAAUGACCUCAGCAUGGAGAAACAGUUUGACUUCCUCAGUGUCAAAGACGGUGGCAAGGCUGAGUCUCCCAUCCUGGGUACGUUCUCUGGUGACGUGCUGCCAGCUCCCAUCACCACCAGCGCCCACGUGGCACGCCUAGAGUUCCUGACUGACCACACCUACACAGACCGGGGGUUCAACAUCACCUUCACCACGUUCCGCCAUAAUGAGUGUCCGGACCCGGGGGUUCCAGUGAACGGGAAGCGGUUUGGUGAGAACCUUCAGCUGGGCAGCUCCAUCUCCUUCCUGUGUGAGGAAGGCUUCGUGAAGACCCAUGGCUCCCAGACUGUCUCCUGUAUCCUGAAGGAUGGAAACGUGGUCUGGGACAACGCUGUGCCUCGCUGUGAAGCUCAGUGUGGGGGUGAUCUGAAGGCUCCUAGUGGAAUAAUCCUCUCCCCUGGUUGGCCAGAGCUCUAUAAGGAGGCCCUUAACUGUGAGUGGGUCAUCGAGGCUCCGCCAGGAUACCCCAUCAAGAUCAUCUUUGAUAAGUUUCGUACUGAGGUAAACUACGACGUGCUGGAGGUGCGUGACGGGCGGUUCCCCUCCUCGCCUCUAAUUGGUAGCUACCAGGGUACACAGGUGCCCCAGUUCCUCAUCAGCACCUCCAACUUCCUGUUCCUCCUCUUCUCCACUGACAAGAGCCACUCGGACAUCGGCUUCCGCAUCCGCUAUGAGACUCUACAGCUACAGUCAGAUCACUGUGUCGACCCUGGCAUCCCUGUCAACGGCCAACGCCAUGGCAACGACUUCUAUGUGGGUGCCUUGGUAACGUUCAGCUGUGAUGCAGGGUACUCCCUUAGCGACCUGGAGCCCCUGGAGUGCGAACCCAACUUCCAGUGGAGUCGACCCCUGCCCGGCUGUGAUGCGUUGUGUGGAGGUUAUAUCCAGGGUAACACCGGCACCAUCCUCUCUCCAGGGUUUCCAGACUUCUAUCCUCACAACCUCAACUGCACCUGGAUGAUUGAGUCCUCCCAUGGCAAAGGUGUCCAGUUCACCUUCCAUACAUUCCACCUAGAGUCUCCCCACGACCACCUGUUGGUGACAGAGAACGGCAGCUUCCCCGAGCCCCUGUGGAGACUAACAGGCUCAACACUGCCCCCCACCCUCAGUGCAGGCCUGUAUGGGAACUACACCGCUCAGAUACGCUUCCUUUCAGACUUCUCUGUCUCCUACGAGGGAUUCAACAUCACCUUCUCAGAGUAUGACCUUGAACCCUGUGAAGACCCGGGCAUUCCUCCCUACAGUACCCGUAAGGGGUUACAGUUUGGGGUGGGGGACGUGCUCACCUUCUCCUGUUUCCCUGGUUACCGUCUGGAGGGGCCGGCGAGGGUGACGUGUCUGGGUGGGCGGAGGAGGGUUUGGAGCUCCCCUCUGCCAAGGUGUGUUGCUGAGUGUGGCUCCUCAGUGACAGGCAUGCAGGGAGUGCUGCUGUCUCCCAACUACCCAGGUUACUAUGGCAACAACCAUGAGUGUAUCUACUCUAUACAGACCCAGCCAGGCAAGGGCAUCCAGCUCAGAGCUCGAGACUUCAGACUGGAGGACGACGACAUGCUCAAAGUGUUUGAUGGCAGUAGUAAACAGGCUCGUCUGUUGGGUGUGUUCUCUGGGACUGAGCUGCAGGAAAACACUCUCAACUCUACAUCCAGCUCCAUGUGGCUGGAGUUCAUCAGCAACUCAGACAACACCAGCCAGGGCUUUGAGCUACACUUUACUAGUUUUGAUCUGGUGAAGUGUGAGGACCCGGGUGUUCCUCAGUUUGGCUAUAAGAGAGAAGAUAAGGGUCACUUCGCCGGCAGCACCGUGGGUUACAGCUGUGACCCAGGAUACACCCUGAAGGGACCCCAGAUCCUCACCUGUUUGAGGGGGGAGAGGAGAGCCUGGGAUAGCCCCCUGCCCUUCUGUGUCGCGGAGUGUGGGGGGACCAUCAAGGAUGAGCCUACAGGUCGUAUUUUGUCUCCAGGUUACCCAGCUCCAUAUGAACAUAACCUGCACUGUGUCUGGAGCAUUGAAGCAGCCCCGGGAAGCACCAUCAGUCUCCACUUCCUGGUAUUCCACACGGAGGAGGUCCAUGAUGUCUUGCGUAUCUGGGACGGUCCUCAGGAUGGAGGGGUCCUCCUGAGGGAGCUCAGCGGCUCGGCGCUUCCCCCUGACGCCCACAGCACCUUCAACACCGUCAGCCUCCAGUUCACCACCGACUUCUUCACCUCCAAACAGGGCUUCGCUCUGCAGUUCUCUGUGUCUACUGCUACGUCAUGUAACGACCCUGGUCUGCCCGCCAACGGGACUCGUAGUGGGGACAGCAGGGAGCCUGGAGACGAUGUGCUGUUCCAGUGUGAUCCCGGUUAUGUCCUGCAGGGGGCCACCAAGAUCACCUGCACGGAGAUCAACAGCCGCUUCUUCUGGCAGCCUGACCCACCCACCUGCACAGCUCCAUGUGGGGGGAACCUGACGGGCCCCACUGGGCUGAUCCUGUCCCCAGACUACCCCGAGCCGUAUCCUCACGGACGAGAGUGUGACUGGACCGUCUCUGUCACCCCUGACUACGUCAUCGCACUCAACUUCAACCAGUUCGGUCUGGAGCCCAGCUAUGACUUCCUCCAUAUCUAUGAUGGUCCUGACUCCCUCCACCCUCUGCUGGGGAGUUUCUACGGUACUGACGUCCCCGACCGCAUCGAGAGCAGCUCCAACACACUGUUCCUCGCCUUCCGCAGUGACGCAUCUCUCAGCAGCAACGGCUUCAUCCUGCAGUACACGGGUAGAGUUCACAUAGGUUUGCGGGAGUCAUGCUUUGAGCCGGGGGUGGUGAGGAACGGUACCAGGGUUGGAGCUGACCUGAAGCUGGGCUCUGUCACUACCUACUACUGUGACAGUGGAUACACCCUGGAGGGAGACCCCACUCUGACCUGCAUCAUGGGGUCAGACAGCAAGCCCUCCUGGAACAAGCAAAAACCCAUCUGCAUAGCUCUGUGUGGAGGGCAGUAUUCAGGGUUGGAGGGUGUGGUCUUGUCUCCCGGUUACCCAGGCAACUACAGCAGUGCCCGGACAUGUCUGUACUCGGUGGCCGUGCCCAAAGACUACGUGGUGUUCAGCCAGUUUGUGUUCUUCCAGACGGCUCUGAAUGACGUGGUGGAGGUCUACGAUGGAGCAACGCAGCACUCCAGAGUCCUCAGCUCCCUGUCGGGAACACACACAGGUGAGUCGCUGCCAUUGGCAACGUCCAAUCAGGUUCUGAUCCGAUUCACCUCCAAAGGCCAAUCCAGCUCCAAAGGAUUCCACCUGGUGUAUCAAGCGGUGCCAAGGACCAGUGCCACCCAGUGCACUUCAGUCCCAGAGCCCAGGAACGGGAGGAGGAUGGGAAAUAACUUUGCUGUAGGAGCCGUGAUCCGCUUUGAGUGUACCCCUGGAUAUGUACUGGAGGGAUCCACCGCCAUAGAGUGUCUGACUGUCCCCAACGCUCUGGCUAACUGGAACUCCUCCAUACCCAGCUGUAUAGUUCCGUGUGGAGGUAAUCUGACCCAGCGGACCGGCACCAUCCUGUCUCCUGGUUUUCCUGAGCCCUAUCUCAACAGCCUCAACUGUGUCUGGAAGAUCAUGGUCCCGGAAGGAUCAGGAAUACAGAUCCAGGUGAUCAGUUUUGUGACGGAACAGAACUGGGAUUCUCUAGAGGUGUUUGAUGGAGGAGACAACAGUGACACCAUGCUGGGCAGCUUCUCAGGAACGACGGUCCCGGCUCUCCUGAACAGCACGUCCAACCAGCUCUACCUCCACUUCUUCUCUGACAUCAGUGUGUCUGCUGCCGGCUUCAGGCUGGAAUACAAGACGGUCUCUCUGACCAGUUGUCCAGAGCCAGUGGUUCCUAUGAAUGGUAUCAAGGUGGGAGAGAGACUCCAGAUGAACAAUGUUGUCUCAUUCCAGUGUGAGCCAGGAUACACAUUACAGGGAAACUCUCACAUCUCCUGCAUGCCAGGGACGGUCAGGAGAUGGAACUACCCACCUCCACUCUGCAUCGCCCAAUGUGGAGGAAUCCAGGAAGAGAUGGAAGGUAUGAUCCUUAGCCCUGGUUUCCCUGGCAACUACCCAAGCAACAGUGACUGUACCUGGAGAAUCUACCUGCCUGUGGGAUACGGAGCCCACAUCCAGUUCCUAAACUUCUCCACAGAGGCCAACCAUGACUUCCUGGAGAUUCGGAACGGCCCCCUGGAUACCAGCACUGUGAUUGGUCGAUUCAGUGGACAGGAUGUCCCGCCCUCCCUGCUCACCACUUCUCACGAGACCACAGUGUAUUUCCAUAGCGACCACUCCCAGAACAGACCAGGCUUCAGGUUUGAGUACCAGGCCUAUGAGCUUAAUGAGUGUCUGGACCCAGAGCCAUUCCACUACGGUGUGGUGGUGGGGGCGGGCUACAACGUGGGUCAGUCCAUUUCUUUCGAGUGCCUCCCCGGCUACCAGCUAAUGGGACAUUCCAUCCUGACCUGCGAACAUGGGACCACACGCAACUGGGACCGCCCCUUCCCUCGCUGUGAAGUGCCCUGUGGGGGUAACAUCACGUCAGACAACGGGACCAUCUUCUCUCCUGGUUAUCCGGAGGAGUACCCCAGCUCUGCUGACUGUACCUGGCUGAUCACCGUAGCAACAGGCCUGGGAGUCAGACUCAACUUUACCCUGCUGCAGGUCCAUGGUCCCCAUGACUUCAUCACUGUCUGGGACGGUCCCCAGGUGACAGACAGGAAGCUAGGUGUGUUUACGGAAGGAGAGCCCAAUGAUCGCGCCAGCAGCACGUCCAAUCAGAUCCUGGUGCGUUUCCGUAGCAACACAGAGAAAGGUGGACUGUUCCGAAUCAACUAUCAAGCGUAUAGACUCCAGUUCUGCCUGCCUCCCCCUAUCAUACCCAAUGCUGAGAUCUUAAUGGCCAGCAAGGAAUUUAAAAUCGGUGACAUAGUGCGUUACAGGUGUCUGCCAGGGUACCAGUUAAGUGGGAACAACAUCCUGACCUGUCGUCUGGGGACUCACCUGGAGUUUCAGGGGCCUCCGCCCUCCUGUGAAGUGACGUGUCCCAUGAACGAGGUCCUAACUGCCUCCACGGGAGUCAUCAUGAGCCAGUCCCAAGGUAGCGGCUUCCCCCACUUCGAGUCCUGUUCCUGGGUGGUGAAGGUAGAGCCGGGCUACAACAUCACAUUCACCAUAGAACACUUCCAGGCCAGCCGGCAGUUUGACGAACUGUUGAUCUUUGACGGUCCGUCCAGACAGAGUCCUCUCCUGGUCACUCUGAGUGGUAACUACUCCUCUCCUCUCAGCAUCACCAGCUCUAACAACAAGGCCUACCUCCACUGGUCCUUCGACCACACCACCAGCCACAAAGGCUUCCGCAUACGAUACUCAGCGGCGUACUGCAGCACCCCCAGCAGCCCUCUCAAUGGAACAGUCCACAGUCAGACAGGCACCAAGCUGGGCAGUACCCUGCGCUUCAGCUGUGACCAGGGCUUCCGUCUGAUUGGCCAGAGCAGUGCCACCUGCACCCACACCCCCCAGGGGAUCUACAUAUGGAACGCACCCGUACCCCUCUGCCAAGUGAUGGCCUGUGGGAUGCCUAUACCUCCAGUAAACGGUAGUAUAGUCGGGCAGGACUUCACUCUUGGUGCCAGGGCCAUGUACCAGUGCAACCCUGGCUUCAGAUUGGCCAGCCCCCUGGCUGUGUCAGUCGUCUGUCAGUCGUCUGGGAGGUGGAGCCCCAAUGAAGCCCCUCCCCGCUGCAUACCUGUGACCUGCCCUGACAUCGGCCACGCUGCAGUGGAUCAUGGGAGAUGGAGGCUGAUCUACGGGUCUCAGAGCCAGUACGACGCCAUGAUGAUGCUCAUCUGUGACCCCGGAUAUUACUACAAGGGUCAGAGGGUCAUCCGUUGCCAGGCCAACAGCACCUGGGACUACCCAGAGCCCCGGCCGGCCUGCGAGAUAAUCUCCUGUGGGGACCUGGGCACUCCUCCGAAUGGGAAUAAGAUCGGGACUCUGACGGUGUUCGGAGCGACAGCCAUCUUCUCCUGUAACACAGGCUAUACUCUGGUGGGGUCCCGGGUCAGAGAGUGCAUGUCCAACGGCCUCUGGAGUGGAUCUCAGGUCCAGUGUCUCGCGGGUCACUGCGGUACCCCAGAGCCCAUAGUGAAUGGUCAGAUCAUAGGAGAGAACUACAACUACAGAGGUAGUGUGGUCUACCAGUGUAACCCAGGAUUCAGACUCAUCGGGGUGUCUGUACGCAUCUGUGAACAGGACCACCGCUGGUCCGGACGAACCCCUGUCUGUGUCCCGAUCACAUGUGGUCACCCGGGCAACCCUACCUUUGGCGUUACCCAGGGAACGCAGUUCAACCUGAACGAUAUUGUGCGCUUCGUUUGCAACUCCGGCUACGUCCUACAGGGGGCUGUGAAGUCUCACUGCCAGUCCAACGGACAGUGGAGCAACACCCUGCCCAAGUGUAAAAAGCUCAAUUUGGCCUCUAAAAAGAAAUCCAGAAAAUCACAUUUGGUGUUGUGUGACCGUCCCAGCAUGCCCCCCUACGCCCAGAUCUCCGGUGACCGUCGGACGGUGGGUUCGGUGAUUCGGUUCAGCUGUAUUGGACAGAGGACGGUGGUCGGUAACACCACACGCAUGUGUCAACUGGAUGGGCAGUGGAGCGGCUCCUUACCACACUGCUCUGGAGAGUCGUCUGGUGUGUGUGGGGAUCCAGGUAUCCCAGUCCACGGUAUCAGACUAGGAGAGGACUUCUCAGUGGGCAGUGUGGUAGGGUUCAGUUGUGAGCAGGGAUACGUCCUCCGAGGCUCCUCAGAGAGAACAUGCCAACCUAACAGCACCUGGGGAGGCAUACAGCCAGAGUGCCAUGUGAUCUCCUGUGGGAACCCAGGAACACCCCGUAACUCUCAGAUCCUGUCUCAUGAUGGCCUGGUUUUUUCCCACUCCAUCACCUACACCUGUCGAGACGGUUACUACUCCAACGGACUGCUCACACGCCACUGUACGGUUAACGGGACCUGGACCGGGAGCAUGCCUGAGUGCACAGUGAUAAUGUGUGGGGACCCAGGUGUGCCAGCUAAUGGUUUGAGGCUGGGCAGUGACUUCACCUACAACAGCACUGUGAGUUUCCAAUGCGUCCCAGGCUUCACUAUGGAUGCCGACCGCGCUUCAACCUUGGUCUGCACUAAGGACCGCACAUGGAACGGGACCAAGCCACAAUGCAAAGCUAUAGUGUGUGUGGCCCCUCCUCCCAUCCCUAACGGCCAGGUGGUUGGAACAGACUUCACCUGGGGCAACAGCGUUGGUUACGCCUGUAACCAGGGUUACCAACUCUCCCUGCCCACCGUGAUCACCUGCCAGGGCAACGGCACCUGGAGCGGAGAGAAACCACAGUGCUUCCCUGUGUUCUGUGGAGACCCAGGUGUCCCGGCCCAGGGGAAAAGGGAGGACCGUGGGUUCACCUACCUCUCCUCUGUCUCCUUCUCCUGCUCUCCUGCUUUGGUGUUGGUGGGCUCAGCCAGACGAUACUGUCAGUAUGAUGGCAUGUGGAGCGGCACUCAGCCAUCCUGCAUAGAUCCCAGUCACACCACCUGUGGAGACCCUGGAACCCCCCUGUUUGGAAACCAGAACAACACCCAAGGCUACCAGAUCAGCAGUACUGUAUUGUUCAGCUGUAGGAAGGGUUACCUGCUCCAAGGCUCUGUAACACGCACCUGUCUACCCAACCUCACCUGGAGCGGCUUCCAACCAGAGUGUAUAGCCCACCACUGUAGCCAGCCAGAGUUUCCCAGCCAGGCGGAUGUGUCGGCCAUAGAGCUGCCCUCUCUAGGGUACACCCUGAUCUACACCUGUCAACCAGGAUUUUACCUGGCUGGGGGGUCAGAACACAGGACCUGCCGGGGCGACGGGAGCUGGACCGGGAAGCAACCUGUCUGUGCUGCUGAUAUCCGUCCCAGUGGGAAUACAGUGGGGACCGUCCAGGAGCCACCUAACCCCAAACUACCAGUCCCAGUUGGUGUGUUUGCUAAAAACAGCCUGUGGAGAGGAUCUUAUGAGUACCUGGGGAAGAAGCAGCCAGCCAUGCUGAGCAUCACCGCCUAUGAAGCCUUCAACAACCGAGUUAAUGGAACACUCAUCGACCACAGUGGGGUGGAACUCAAACUGGCUGGUACCUAUAAGAGAGAGGAAUCUCAUCUCCUGCUGCAGGUGCAUCAGAUCAGAGGUCCUGUGGAGAUCUUUGUCAACAAGUUCAAGAUGGACAACUGGGCCCUCGACGGACAUGUGUCCUACAUUGCCUCAUCUAGUUCCUUUGUGUACCAAGGAUUCGUCAGAGGAAAAGGAUUCGGCCAGUUUGGCCUUCAACGACUAGGCGAGUAUAACCCAAUCCUCUCAGAGAGUUUAGACACGAGCAAGGAGAAUUCCCACUUCCCGCCCAACAGCAGUUCAGUGGCAGCAGCCAUCUUAGUGCCGUUCAUAGCCAUGAUCAUCGCAGGCUUCGCUCUAUACCUCUACAAACACAGGAGAAGACCUAAGGUACCGUUUAACGGCUAUGCAGGCCACGAGAACACCAACGGUCGAGCUACGUUUGAGAACCCCAUGUACGACCGCAACAUCCAGCCCACUGACAUCAUGGCCAACGAGACAGAGUUUACGGUCAGCACAGUGUGCACGGCGGUAUAGCCACUGCUACCUCCAGAGGCAGAGGAAGCGGAAGGCAAGAGACCCACCCAUGCCUGAGCCCCCCUUACAAGACAGACCACACCCUCAUCUAACUGGGCAGAGGGAAAGGGGAUGCUUUUAUACUGACCACAAUACAUUUAAGAGACAUACUUCCAGAUGGUGAACUCACAUAAAAGAGAAGAACAUGACGUUAAGAAAACAGACAACAGAACACAUUGACGAUGAUACCAGCAGAUUGGGUGUCUUUACGUGGUCUCCUUGCAACUUUCAUUCUCUGAGGAAUAUGUACUAUUGUCUGCCUGAGCUGUAGCAGCAAGGUGAAACUCUGCUGUGGCGAUGAUCCCAGAUGAUCUCAAUGUAUUUUUCACCAAAAACCCAAAGGGAAUUUUAAGCUCAACAUUCAGCAGAGAUAUUGACCUGUAGCAGCUGAUACACAGGUGGCUUGGAGAGGAGAAGAGAGGAGA